AUGGCUCUACCCACCAAUGAUGCCAAAGUGAGAUAUGGAGUCCGUCAUAAGGUGGCAACCCCCUAUCACCCUCAGACAAGUGGACAGGUUGAAGUUUCCAACAGGAAACUUAAGAGGAUUAUAGAGAAGACCGUCAAUGUUUCAAGAAAGGAUUGGUCUCGGAAGCUUGAUGAUGCUAUCUGGGUAUACCGGACAGCAUAUCUGAAUCUUGAUUCAGAAGCUGCAGGAAUUAAGCGAAUGCUCCAGUUAAAUGAGCUUGAUGAAUUCAGAUAUUCAGCUUAUGAGAAUGCCAAGCUCUAUAAGGAGAAGACCAAGUUAUUACAUGACAAGAAGAUUGCCAUCAGAGUAUUUGAGCCAGGACAGAGAGUGCUGCUGUAUAAUUCAAGGCUCAAAUUCUUUCCCGGGAAGCUGAAAUCCCGGUGGUCAGGACCGUUUGUGGUUACCAGAGCUUCACCAUAUAGUCAUGUGAAAAUACAGGAAGAGAAUUCUAAUAGGAAAUUACAGUGA